AUGGCAGCACAGACACAAACCCCCGUGCCCAUCUCCAUCACCAUCUGCGGCGAUGGAGGCUGUGGCAAGUCCUCAAUCACCCUGCGGCUUGUACGCUCAGCCUGGACCUCCGACUACGACCCUACAAUCGAGGACAACUACAGUGUUACUCGCGUCAUCGAUGGUGUCACCUACCACCUUUGUCUCACAGACACCGCCGGCCAGGAAGAGUACCGCGGCAUGUGGGCGUCUUCCAAUCUUGGCGCCGAUGCCUUCCUUAUGGUCUACGACAUCACAUCGCGCGACUCGCUCGAUGCCCUGCAGCACUUUGACGAGCUCAUCGACAUGGAGGCUGAGGUCCGCCUCGACAAUGCCGAGCGAGCCCGCGCUGCCGGCAUCAGCCCAGCCUACACUGGCUCCGGCGCCGGCUCCCGCACCGUCCCACCGGUCAAGAUUGUCGCCGGCAAUAAGUGCGACCUGCAGGACAGCAGGACUGUUCCAGCUGCCACAGGUCUCGAGUGGGCGCGCAAGCACGGCUCCGGAUUCAUGGAGACGAGCGCUCGCCUUGAGGUUAAUAUUGAGGAGACGUUUGCCCUUAUCGUCAAACGUGUAGUCGAACGCCGUCGCCUCGCAGAGGAGGGCGUCCUGGACAACACCGAGAUGAGCGCGCGGGGCAUGACGAAGCCGCUAACUCCCCUGCCCGCUGGCACCGAGGAGGACGAGAAGCGCGGGCCAGGAGUUCGUGGCCCUAUUCUCAGUGGAGACAAAGUCGGCCGCGGACAAGGUGGUUUCUGGAAGAAGCUGCGUUGUUGGUAG